AGAAAAACAAAAUAACAUGUUCGAUGGAGUGCCGGUGCCGGACCAGUUCCACCAAUUCAUAGGCGGCGGCGCCUCAUCAGCAACCGCGAGAACCGCCACCACCACUCUCCUUCUCCCCCUUUCUUUCACUUCUUUUGACCCUUUGUUCACUUCUUCUUCUUCAAAUUCCCAUCAUCAUCAGCCUUCUCAAUUGUUGCAGUCGUUGCACCAGCAGAAGAAUAGCGAAGAUGCCAACACAAGCUUAGUGCCUAUGAACAUGGAAAUUAAUGAAAGAGAUCAGAGAUCCAUGGCUGAACCAAUUGACCAUCAUCAUCAACACCAACCUUGGUCCAACGAUGAAGUUCUUGCACUGUUGAGGGUCAGAUCUAGCAUGGAACCUUGGUUCCCAGAAUUCACUUGGGAACAUGUCUCAAGGAAAGUGGCAGAACUUGGGUUCAAAAGGAGUGCAGAGAAAUGCAAAGAGAAAUUUGAAGAAGAAAACAGAUAUUUCAACACCAUCAAUUGCAGCAAAAACUACAGGAUCUUUACUGAACUUGAUGAACUUUGUCAAGCUGAGAACCCUCCUCCUCACCACCACAACAGCAUAAGCCACCACCACCAGGAGGAGGAGAAGGAGGCGGUUGUGGUGUCUGAUGAAAGCAACAAAAAUGUGGAAGAAGAAGACAAUAUAGGUCAGAAUUUGGAAGGUGAUUCAAGAAAUGUUGAUGAAUUAUACCAAAAUUCACCAGCAAACAACAAUGCUGCAAUGUCAUCAGAUCAGGAUAACAAAAAUGUGGUUGAAAACAAAGGAGAUGACGAUGAUAACAAGGCCAGCAGCAAAAACAAGAACAGCAACAGCAACAAGAAGAGGAAGAGAGUGACGAAACUUGAGAUUUUCAAGGGAUUCUGUGAGGAAAUUGUGAACAAUUUGAUGAUCCAACAGGAGGAGAUGCACAACAAGCUGCUUGAAGACAUGGUGAAGAGAGAUGAAGAGGAAGUUGCAAGAGAAGAAGCUUGGAAGAAGCAAGAGCUUGAUAGGAUUAACCAGGAGCUUGAGGUUAGAUCUAAAGAACAAGCCAUUGCUGGUGAUAGACAGGCCACCAUUAUCAAAUUCUUGACCAAAUUCUCACAAAAUGGAUGCUCAAAUCCUCCUCUUGCUGCUUCAUCUUCUUCAUUGCCAGUUGCAGAAAACCCUAAUCCCAUUGCCAAUGACCAUAACAAAGUUGCUCAAGUUGCAGAAAACCAAGCCAAUCAAAACCCUAAUCCAAAAACACCCACUCCACAAAACCCUAAUUCACUAUUGACACCAUUGAAGGUAACCAAAGCUCCUAAAAACCCUACAUCCUAUGACAAAGAAGACAUCGGAAAGCGGUGGCCGAGAGACGAGGUGUCGGCACUGAUAAAACUGAGGUGCAGUCUUUACAACAACGGUGACCACCACGACAAGGAAGGAGCCGCCAUUAAAGCUCCCCUAUGGGAAAGAAUCUCACAAGGGAUGUUGGAUUUGGGUUACAAGAGAAGUGCAAAGAGGUGCAAGGAGAAAUGGGAGAACAUUAACAAGUACUUCAGGAAAACCAAAUACGUCAACAGGAAGAGGUCACUUGACUCUAGGACAUGCCCUUAUUUUCACCAAUUAAGCACCUUGUACAAUCAAGGAACACUCAGGUCGCCCUCCGAAGAGCCGGAAAACCACCCGCCUUUGCCGGAAACAGCCAGUACCGAUUUAUCUCGAAGGGUCGACGACAAAGCAUCCAUGCAAGUUUCUAAAGGUGACGAGACGAACAACAUAAUUCAAAUACCAGAUUUCGAAUUCGAAUUAUAAAUCACGUUACCAUAGUGUUAGAUAAACAAUAGUGCUUUUUGGGGGGUUGAAAUUUUUAUUUUUAUUAGAGAUUCUGAUGUAAACUU